AUGGCGGGAGAAGGAAAGGAAGGGGGCGUGGGAAAGACAAUGACACGAACACGUCGUGUCGUAUGGAUCCUGGAACCUAACUCAACUAGAGUCUUGAGUUUUAAUGCCGUAAAGGCUGACGCUGUAUCUCGGCAGCCUGUAAUGAUCCCCAAAGAAUCUUCAUAUACUUCUUCCGGCAUGGACACCCUUGCCGUUGUCAUGGGUGCCACCGGAAAACAGGGCGGCCACGUCGUCGCCGCGCUUCUGAACCAUACAAAGAAACGCACUACAGGUCGGCCUCUCCUUCGAAUUUUGACGGAAGAUCUUGGGAUUCAUCCCGCUCGCCUCAUUACGACAGCACAGGCGUUUGAAAGGUUGGACUGGGGAGCAGUCGAGAAGCCCAAGUCCCCAUUACAUUUCUCCUUGAGAAUGUUCAAAUCAGCGACCGAACCGCCAGCCUUUGUCCUUCAUCACGAAGGCCCAGAAAUACAAAUUUCGUAUUCCACACGCAAUACAAGGAGAGUGCAAAAUCAUAGCAACGACAGCGGUAACCAGAGCACAGUACAAACGACGGAGGAACCGGAACGAGAAACACAGCAAGGCGAAUUUUUAUCUGAUAGAGUGAGAUAACCAGUAAGAAGAAAAGUCCAUUCUUUUAAAGCCUCCGAGGAGUUCUUCGACAGGAAACGACGUAUCCACACCAUAGGGCGGAGGAGCUUGAGGCCACUGAGCGCCACCUCACCCGGUCCUCGUAUACAAACAAUCCAUAUAUCCCGAGGUCGACCAUCCCCCGAGCGCUUGAUUCCCAUACAUGAAUGGCUCCCCUGCAAAUGCCCUAGGCACAACCUCAUAGGGAGCCCCGUAGUUGUACGCGGCCCGCACGUAGUUAUAGCAAGGCGCAUAAAAUCCCCCAAUCGAUCCAUUCCCCAACGGCACCUCAGAGCCCCAAUCAGCAGAAGGAUCCUCCGAGAAGAAACCACACACGUACUGUAUCGUCUUGAUGUGGACCUUCAUCCCCGCCACUGGGUCGUCCUAACGUCGCAGCCUUUCCAGGGGCAUUCGUGC